AUGGUUUAUACCGCUUAUAGUAUUGUUGUAUUGCUUUUUAUGGUUACAGUUGGAAUUUCAUUGGUGUUCCUGAUACUAUUUACAACUGAAAACACAAAGGAAGUGUUUAUUGAAAAUUCCUUUUUACUCUUUACGAUAUUUAAUGGAUGGGUUAAAGCUCUAAUAGUUUUUCUCAGGCGCAAAGAUAUCAAAUUACUAUUAGAAGGUUUAUUGGAAGAUCAGUGCCAACCGUUGGAUUCAGCAGAGCUCGAAAUACAGAAAAAAAUUGACAAAGGUGCAAGGAACUUGACUCUAAGAUACUCAACUUUAGUUGGAAUAUGCUUGACAGUACAAUAUAUGGGAGUAGUAUUUUGUAAUGGAGAUGAGAAAAUAGAAUUCUUGAAUGUGUGGCGUCCGUAUAAUUUAAAAGUGAAUGUAUACUAUUGGAUCACCUGGGUUCAUGAAUUUUUGGGCCAUAUUGUAACAGCGACUGUGCACGUAGCUGUUGAUACUUUAAUACCUGGAUUAAUGAUCCAACUAAGUUGUCAACUAAAAUUCUUGCGACAUCGAUUGAAAAGGAUUCCUCGUCGGACUGAGAAUAUUUUAAGGGCUGAUGUCGGAAAACGAAAUGUAUUAGAAAGAUAUUUGAUUUCAGCAACUGUAAGACAUCAGAAUAUCAUAUAUGGGUAUUCAAAAAAAUUGAAUAAGACAUUUGAAGAAGUACUGUUUAUCCAAUUUUUAGUGAGCUUGAUUGUUAUCUGCUUUAGUGUGUUUAACAUUUCAAAGGGAGGUUCAACGAAUUAUACCACCCUCAUAAUGCUUUACACAUAUAUUGGUUGUAUGUUAUCUCAACUCUACCUGUACUGCUUUUAUGGCAAUGAGCUAAUGAUCUGCAGUACUGAUUUUCAAGAAGCUAUUUCUGAAACAAACUGGGUUUCUUUCGAAGAGGAAACUAAGAAAAGUCUGAUCAUUUUAAUGAUUCGCUCUAGGAAACCUAUUUUAAUUUCUGUAUGUUAUGUGAUAUCAGUUAAUCUAGAGUUCUUCAUGCUCAUUGUUCGGGCUUCUUAUUCAGCAUACAAUGUUUUGAAGGAUUCCGUAUAA